UUUUGCAACAGUUGAUAUUCUAGUUUCAAGCAUGUUUUACUCAAUAUAGGUCAUCAAAUCUCAGCAACAAGCUGUAAUAUCUUACUGAGAUCAUUUAGGACCAAAACACUUAAAACAAGUAAAACACUCUAAAACAUAAAAUCUGCUUAGUGGACAGAAAAAAAGCUAAAAUCACCCUUAUUUGAGAUAUUUAAUGUUACUUAGAUUUCAGUUUUUGCAGUGUAUUUUAAUCAUCUAAAAUUAUUAUUUGAGUGUAAUAGGAAAUGUGAGGGAAGUCCUCUUUUGGGGUUGUCUGGCGAACUUCCUGUUUUAUGUUGAAAGUCUAAUCUUCCUCUCGUUUCAGGCCACUUGCCCUUCCUCCCGUGUCACUGGUCUGAUGGCUUUCCUGAUUGCCUGAUUGCGCCCACCUGUGUCACCCUCCCUCAUGUGUGUAUGUAUAGUCUCCGUCUUCUCCUGCCAGAGUAGGUCGUCUCGUCGUGUACCUUCAGCCGUCUUCCACAGUCUUGUCCAAAUUGUUUGAAGGUUGCAGAAGGAGCGCCGACUUGUCCAGAAGUUGAUUUUUGACGACGUCACUCCCAACAUCGACAUCCAACUUUCGAGGAGACUGCAGUUGCAGAAAGUUACCUUCUGCCAACCCUUCCUCUCCACUUCCUGUCACAUGUCAUCAAAAAACAAGGACGGAGAAAAGACCGGCGGUCGCCCAGACAGUUUACUGGCGUGGUGGUGGUGCCGGUGGUCCGGCUUCUUGACACCGAGCGCAGCUGAGGAAGAGGACGCAGCCAUGGAGCACAGCCACAUCUUCCCCGUGUUCCCUCCAAAUGAGAGCAGCUGGAGCACCGGGCAGAAUCCCUCAGAGGUGGCCCCGGGGUGCCCCCUCGGACCUCUGCCCGUCAUCUACUACAGUGUCCUGCUGUGUCUAGGCUUGCCUGCCAACAUCCUGACAGUGGUCAUCCUGUCCCAGCUGGUGCUGCGUCGUCAGAAGUCGUCCUACAACUAUCUCCUGGCGCUGGCGGCCGCCGACAUCCUGGUCCUGCUCCUCAUCGUCUUUGUCGACUUCAUACUGGAGGACUUCAUUUUGGCCACGCCCCUCCCGCCGUCCGUAAACAGCGCGGUGCAGGUGCUGGAGUUCUGCUCCAUCCACACCUCCAUCUGGAUCACCGUGCCGCUCACCGUCGACCGCUACAUCGCCGUUUGCCACCCGCUGCGCUACCACACCGUCUCCUACCCGGCCCGCACUCGCAGGGUGAUAUUUGCCGUCUACGUCGGGUGCCUGCUCUCUGCGGCGCCUUACUACUGGUGGCCGGAGCUCUGGCACGGCUGGCCCGCCUUGGCGAGCGGCGGCGAGAGCGAGAGCGGCAGAACCGCCGCCCAGCACGUGCUGGUGUGGGCCCACUGCGCCACCAUCUACCUCCUCCCCUGUGCGGUCUUCUUCUCCCUCAACGUUGUCAUUGUCCGCAAGCUGCGCCGCCGUCGCAGCUGCUUCCGCAUGCGCGGCUACUCCACCGGCAAGACCACCGCCAUCCUCCUCGCCAUUACGUCCAUUUUCGCGGUGCUGUGGGCGCCGCGCACCCUCAUGAUCCUCUACCACUUCUACUCCUCGCCGCCGACCUCACAGGGCGCCAGCCGCCUCCUUCACGUGCUCACAGACAUGGCCAACAUGCUGGCUUUGCUCAACACCGGCGUCAACUUCUUCCUCUACUGUUUCAUCAGCAAGCGCUUCAGGGGCAUGGCGGCCAACGUGCUCCAGGCGCUGGUCCACUGUCGGAAGCAACCGCAGCCGUUUUACGCCAGCCAUAACUUCUCCAUCACCAGCAGCCCCUGGAUCUCGCCCGCCAACUCCCACUGCAUCAAGAUGUUGGUCUACCAGUACGACAAAAACGGGAAGCCCAUCUGUAUUUCCUCCUAAGGGUUCGACCACCUGUACGGCGUUUCAAUGUCAGGUUUCGCCAGCCCCGGCAACCAUCCUUGCCUGCAUGGGACUGUUCGAAGGCCAACCUGCAAGCCGGGGACCGCGGUGGCACUUAGUAUCCUUUGAGCCCAAACACAACAAAAAAAGAUAACCGAACCAGCAUCACCAUGCAAAAAAAAAAUGAGAAUCACCCCUAUUUAGGGUUUCCGGGGCGCCAGCUGUAGCGGUACGGAGAGACAGUCCGUCGGGGAGAGUCAGAGGUGACACCAAUGAAAGUCGACUGCAGCUACUCUGUGUGCUCAUUUUCAGGAGGGCACUGAACUUGGAAGUCUAAGUGUUCUCCUCUCCCGGCUCGUGACGUAAAACUCUUUAUGGCAGUUGUAGGUUUUUACCAUGGAGUCUGGUGCUUGCUGUGAGAUCCGAGUAGUUGGUGUAUUCAUGCUAGACUGUUAAUUGUAGAGUCCAGCGACAACGUUACACACUGGUGGCUAUGAGCUAGUAAUCGUUUCUCUAGUAUUAGGAAGAGGAAAUUUCUGCCGUCAGUAGAUAGUCCUCUAU